AUGUCUCUUAAAGACAAGGUUUUAUUUAUCACUGGUGCUUCUCGCGGGAUUGGUCUUGCGAUAGCUCUAAGAGCUGCAAAAGACGGAGGGUGCAUUGCUGUAGCUGCCAAGACAGAUACUCCACAUCCAAGACUUCCUGGAACUAUCCAUACGGCAGCAGAAGAAAUUAGACGUGCGGGUGGAAAGGCUCUUCCCUUGGUGUGUGAUAUUCGUAAUGAAGAAGCGAUUAAAGCUGCCAUUCAAAAAACUGUAGACACUUUUGGAGGAAUUGACAUAGUCGUUAACAAUGCGUCUGCGAUAUCUCUAACCGAUACUCAAGAUACUCCUAUUAAAAAAUUUAAUCUCAUGUUCGAAAUUAAUUCGCGUGGAACUUGGUUAGUGACAAAGCAUGCAAUUCCACAUCUUAUUGAAAGUGGACGAAAAAAUAGAAACCCUCACAUUUUGAAUCUUAGUCCACCGCUUUUAUUAAAAGAGGAUUGGUUUAAAAACCAUGUUGCUUAUUCAAUGGCGAAAUACAACAUGUCACUUUGCGUUUUGGGUUGGGCUGCUGAAUUUCGUGAUAAGGGUAUUGCUGCAAAUGCACUUUGGCCACUAACAGUAAUAGAGACAUCCGCUAUUAAAAUGUUAGAUUCAACUAAACAAAUAGAUUCAAGCUUCGGAAGCAAUUCAAGAACUCCAGAAAUAAUGGCUGAUGCUGCACAUGUAAUUCUUACCAAAAAUUCAAAAGAAUUCAGCGGCAAUUUUGUAAUCGAUGAAGUAAUUUUGCGCGAAAAUGGUCAAACCAAAUUUGACCAUUAUUCUACUAAACCAGGUGCCAAUGACAUGACUUUUGAUUUAUUUGUUGAUGAUAAAAUCAUUAAUAAAAUGAGGGCGUUGUGGGGUUCUAAACUAUAA